AUGCUCAAAGACAGAGGCUACUCUAUUCCGUCAACCGAAAUCGAGCUCUCGCUCGAAGAAUUUCGGCAAGUUCAUGGUCAAUCUCCGGAUGUUGAUCGACUCCGGUUUACAGCUAGUCAUAGCACUGAUCCCUCUAAAAGGUUUUUGGUGAUUUUUAGUGGGCCAGGGAAGAUUACUAACCAGGCUUUGAAAGUGGUUCAUACUCUAUCUUUCAAAGUUGAAAUUUUCCAGAUCACAGACUUGCUUGUUAAUAUUACAAAGCAUGUGUUGAAGCCAAAGCAUCAGAUUCUGACUGAUAAGCAGAAAAGGAAUCUCCUGAAGAAGUACGAUAUACAAGAAAAGCAGCUUCCUCGGAUGCUACAGACAGAUGCAAUUGCUCGAUACUAUGGACUUCAGAGGGGGCAGAUUACUAGCCAGGCUUUGAAAGCGGUUGAUCUUUUAUCUUUCAAAGUUGAAAUUUUCCAGAUCACAGACUUGCUUGUUAAUAUUACAAAGCAUGUGUUGAAGCCAAAGCAUCAGAUUCUGACUGAUAAGCAGAAAAGGAAUCUCCUGAAGAAGUACGAUAUACAAGAAAAGCAGCUUCCUCGGAUGCUACAGACAGAUGCAAUUGCUCGAUAUUAUGGACUUCAGAGGGGGCAGAAUUCAAAUGAAUUCUCCGUAGAAUUCAAAUGUUGUAUCAUGCAUAAGUUUAUAACCGUAGAAUUGUAA